UGCAUAAAAAAGUCCGUGGGGUCGGCUCUCUCUCUCUCUCUCUCUCUCUCUAAGUUUGCAUUCACCGUACGCUUUCUCUUCCAUUUACCGCAUUCUCUCUCUCUCUCUUACCCGAGUACUCUCCCGUAUUUCUGCAAAUCUAAUUUAUUAUCCCCAUUUGGUCUGAUCUCUCCUCUCCCUUCGAAAUCUGUCGUCUUCCUUUCUCUCCCCUGGUCUCGCCGUAUGCACUUUUCAAUGGAAAAGCCCAGCAAUAAAAGAGUAAAAAAUCUUAUGGAACAUCAAAGGGGUUUCGAAAAUCCUGGGGCUCCUUUCUGAUGAUGUGUCUCCCAUGUGCCCCUAAUCCCAUUCUGCGAUGAUUGCUUCACUCGUGUCAAAGUAGCCCUAAUUUCUCCCUCUACAAUUUUUGCAUUAUCAAGAAAUUUAAGCAGUUUGGAGGGUGUUAAAAAUCUGCAAUGAACAACAACCAUGGACCAUGCGUAUGAGAAGAAAUAUCCACUCAGUUCAAAAGACUACAGAUUAUACGAGGAAGUUGGUGAGGGUGUUAGUGCAUCUGUAUACAGGGCCCUUUGCAUUCCGCUCAAUGAAAUUGUUGCUAUUAAGGUUCUGGAUCUUGAAAAAUGCAAUAAUGAUUUGGAUGGGAUUCGCCGUGAAGUACAAAUGAUGAGCUUGAUUGAUCAUCCAAAUUUAUUAAGAGCACAUUGCUCUUUUACAGCAGAUCAUAAUCUAUGGGUUGUGAUGCCUUAUAUGGCUGGGGGGUCUUGUCUUCAUAUAAUGAAAACUACUUAUCCUGAGGGAUUUGAUGAACCAGUUAUUGCAACUCUCUUGCGUGAGGUACUUAAGGCUCUUGUCUAUCUUCAUGGCCAUGGACACAUCCAUCGGGAUGUGAAGGCUGGAAAUAUCUUGGUUGAUGGGAAUGGUGCUGUCAAGUUGGCAGACUUUGGAGUUUCAGCUUGUAUGUUUGAUACUGGAGAUAGACAAAGAUCCAGGAAUACAUUUGUGGGAACUCCCUGCUGGAUGGCUCCUGAAGUUAUGCAACAACUACAUGGCUAUGAUUUCAAAGCGGAUAUUUGGUCAUUCGGAAUAACUGCCUUGGAACUUGCCCAUGGUCAUGCCCCAUUUUCUAAAUAUCCUCCUAUGAAGGUCUUGCUUAUGACCUUACAAAAUGCACCUCCAGGUCUUGACUAUGAACGGGACAGGAGAUUUUCAAGGAAUUUCAAAGAAAUGGUUGCGGCAUGCCUGGUAAAGGAUCCAAAGAAGCGUCCUUCUUCAGAGAAGCUCUUGAAGCACCAUUUCUUCAAACAUGCUCGCUCCAAUGAAUAUAUAGCCCGAACAAUUCUUGAUGGUCUCUCUCCACUGGGUGAUCGGUUUAGGGCACUAAAGGCAAAAGAGGCAGACCUGCUUCUUCAGAACAAAGCAAUGUAUGGUGAUAAAGAGCAGAAGUCACAGCAUGAAUACAUACGGGGAAUCAGUGCCUGGAAUUUUAAUCUGGAUGACUUGAAGGCUCAAGCUUCUCUUAUUCAAGAUUAUGAUGAAAAUCCUGGUUCAAAUGAUAUAAAUAUGAAUGGCAAAGAAAAAGCUGGGUUUAAUGAUGCACCGGACCCACUUUCUCCAAAUAACGCUAACCAUGAUACUUCUGAGAUUGUCGAAGAGGAUGGUGACCAUAUACUUAAAGAUAGGGAACGUCCGUUUCCUUCGUCAUUUCCACUUCAUCCUCUUGAGGCACUCAAAGGAUAUUUUGAUGUUACUGAAGACGAUAUCAACUCUAGCAGCCCUAAGGAGGGUAUUCAAUCUGAAUUUGAACCACAGGAAGAUGACCAAGAGCCAAAACCAAAUGAGAACGAGGGUUUCGAAAGAAGUUUCUCUUCUUCCAAGGUCAUCAUCAAUCCUCUUCCUGGAAGAGGGAAUAAAUUUCUUAGUGGUUCUCUUAUACCUGAGCGUGUCACUAGAAGUGGAAAUGGAGAUGGGGACAGGGGAAAUCUACAACAUGGACAUCAUGGUGAAAGAAAUUACAGUGGUCCUUUACCGCAUCGUGCAAAGAGGGAUAGUGAAAUCCUUUCUUCAGCACAUACGAAUGCACUGGAUGAUUCACAUGAAGGACCACUUGUACAGCGAAAGGGGCGUUUCAAGGUUACAUCAGAUGUUGGCAUGAAGGUUAAAAAUUUGGGAUAUCGUUUAAAGGACUGCUACUACCCUGAUAUUCCCGAGAUGGGUACUGAUGAAGGCCCACAGCCUAGCCCAUCUUCCAGUAGAGAGAGAGAGCUACAGACUCAAAUGGUUCAGCUGCAACAAAGAAUUGGGAGUCUUGUUGAGGAGUUGCAGAGAGUGAAAAUAAAGAAUGCUCAGCUAGAGCGGCAACUGAAUACUCUUUCCAACAAGGAGGAAGAAGAGAGGAUAAGGAAAGAAAAUGAAGAUCAAUAACAGAAGUCCACAUGCUCCAAGUAGCAGUUUGCAGAGUAAAUAGCAGCAUGAUGCUAGAGAACUUUCCAUGAUGCCUCCUUGCUCCCAUUGAGUACCCUGUAAAUUAAUUGUAAAAUUAUUAUGUUGAAGGUGAGGCAUGUUCACCCAAUUUUGAGAUGAUCUUCCUCAAAGAAAAAAAAAAGAAAAAGGAAAAAAAGAAAGAAAACGAAUGUUGCAUGUGUGUAUUUUUUUGCAGUUCAUUGCUAUUAUCUUUUUAUUUAAUAAUCAUGUGCUAUUCCCAUUUUAUCC